AUGGCGAUCUUCGAUGAGACGACAGGUCAGGUCUACACAGAAAGAACGUCUGCGAGAGUCACGUCCAUGGUGCCGACAUGGAUGCAUCAAGCCAGAAACAAAAAAGUCAAUCCAUCUGCGUACCAAAACCGCGGAAUCGGCUCCGCUACUCUUCAAGAUAUGGCUCUUCGUUGCUGUGCUUGGAACGCGGACUCGUUUAUGCCGGAUGCUUUGAUAUGGGCGGAAUGGCAUUACGCUGGGAAAAUCUACAGGCAAAUCAAGGACACUGAGAGCCUGACAUUCAACACUUGGAAUAUCUUCCAUGAAGCGUUCCCGAAGGAGGUCGAGCUCAAUCACCACUUCACUCUGACUGAGCUAGGCGAUGGACCGCGCAAUCAGUUACCUUCCAUAUUCAACCGCCUGGCAAAACUCGACACCAGUAUGCUGACUUUUAUAUGCAUACAAAACUAUGACAUGCGCCUCGAGCAUUUAGUUACGCUUACCAAAGUCGACACGCUUUCCAGUCUCAUACUGCAAGCAAAACAGUUUCGGACCGCAUGUCAGUUUACCGGUGUAGCUUCCAUCGAGGCUGUGAAGGACUUGAGAGACUGGGCGCGGGUUGUGCGUGAAAAUGGGGCUUUCCAGAAGCUCAGAAUGCUCGUCUACAACAGCUUUGGUAUAGAGAUACCGACCGUCCUGCAAAGCGUGUCGGAAUUCCCCUCUCUGUGUCUUGUUGGAAUCACUGAUCACUGGAUGGCCGAGCAACGGGAAUCGCAUCUUGAUUGGCGCUGGAUAGAUCCCGACAGGCAACAAACUACAUCAGAUACGUUCCAAGAACCAGAUCCGAACGCUAUUUGGAAUCGCCACGAUUUGACAACGCUGCGCAAAGCUGAGCUGCUUUACAACAUGUCCUAUGCAUUGCUCCGGCAGCCCGGUCCUGGCUCUGACACAUAUCCUGCUAUCGUUGUGUCUUACGGGGCAACAUCUAGUUACAUUGCUAACCUAACUAACGGCUUGGAUUGGUAUGUCCGGGAUCCCAAACAGAGCAAUCAAAUCCCGUUGAAACACGUCGCGGACGACCUACCUCGGAAAGACAGAGACGGAGGAAGACCGAGCAAGAAGAGGAGGAUGAGACAAGGAAAGCAAAAAGAGAUUGGUUCGAUGUUGGGAGCUUUUUCUGCUUGA